AUGAUGGAUCAAAGUAAUUUAAAUGCUUCGCAGUCAAUGGAAAGACCAAUUGUGCUUUCACCUCCACCAUUAGAUCGACAUGGCGGAAGUAGUGGGCAGCAUCUUACUUUUAACAACAGCACUGAACCAAACGAUGGAUACGAUCUACAACAUGAAUUUGAUGCUCUAGCAGCUGAUUUGGAUUUAGAUUUGAACGAUAAAGAGCAGGGAUUAGCUGGGAUGCAAUCUAACAUUACAAACGGGAAGUCUAGUGGUGGAUCCAUGUCAGGUGGCAACGGGCUCUUAGGACCUACAGCAUCCAGCUAUGGGCUAUUGGGUGAAUUUUCUGGGGGCAAGGUGACUCCCAAGUCUUUGCUUACAGCUGAAGACACUGAUUCGCCGCUUGCGGCCACGCUGUCAAUGUCCAACAGUAUGGGGUUACUUGGCUCCAUUACUGGAUCAACUUUCUUGCCUCCACUAGCAUCUGUUCCGAACAGACCUCAAUCUGUGAAUGACUUCUCGCCAUUUAUCAAUCAACAUCAUCAGCAACAUCCUUCUCAGACACUUCUGUCACAGCUCGAUCAAUCAAAUUUUCGUCAGCAAUCUAAGUUUUACGAAACAUUACUGUUUUUCAAUAGCUGGAUUGAGAACUUGAAACCUCAAGAUAGCAUCACUAUGAUCGAGUACUUGUGCAAUAAUUUGCCACUUGAUAUCCUCUUGGCUUUCAAAUCUAAAUUAGAUAAUCAUUUGACUCAUCAAUCUCAAUUGAGCCAGCCUCAAGGUCCAUUCGCCUCACUUUCACCCUAUCUGCUGCAGCCUCUUACUGAUAUAUCUAGUGACAUGGAUGCUUUGCAUUUGAACGAUUCGUUUAGACAACAGCAACAGACCCAGCAACACCAACAUCAUCAUCAUAAGCCGCAAUCCCAACAACCCCAAACACCCCAGCCACAGCAUGCAAAUCAAUACCAUACUCUGUUGCAACAGCCAAAGCCAAAGCCUAAUGCAUUUAAGGCUAGUGGGCACCUCUUUGUUGAUCCAAAGACUCAAAGGCCUAAAUCUGCUGAUCCUAGUAUGAAUGGAAAUUUGCGUUAUAACAACCCUGAGAGAUCCAAGUCACCUACAUCACAUUUAUAUGAAAAGACCAACUUCUUGCAGCUAGCUGCAAAUGCCCAUUCUCCAUCAUUUCAAGCCAAUCAACAGAGCAGUAGUGAUGAUGCUUUGGACAUGUCCGCUCAUGCUACAGUGAAGUUAGGUGCACUUGCUACCAUUAACUCAAGGGUUGCUUUAGAUUCAAACAGAAAGACGCAUCCUCAGUUCAAUGAUCUCCAUUAUGAUCAACCUAGCCAAAUGGCUCGUCAGCAUCACCCACUGCACUUGACUGACCCGAUGCACCGUGUUGGAAACCCUGCCUCAUCUUCUCUGCCAUUCAAGCAUACGAGCGGUCUAGCUCUGAAUAAUAGAUCUCCUCCUUCAAAUAGUCGAGGCUCUAAGAAAUCUAACGCUUUAGAAACCACUGGUUUUGUUUCACAUGACACGGGUGUUCACAAUAAUAAUACAAAUGGUGGAUAUAAUAGUAGUAACAGCAAUAGUAGUAAUUCAAGACAAGCAGCAACAGGUAUCAACUCGACUUCAAACUCUUCUAUGCCUCCGGAGGUUUCUAACAUUGAGCUAUUGAACAACAUACCUGUCUGGUUGAAAUUACUUAGACUACACAAGUACACUGACUGCUUAAAAGACAUUCCAUGGCAAAAAUUGAUUGAAAUGACCGAUCUGGAAUUGGAAGCAAAGGGUGUCAUGGCCCUAGGUGCCAGAAGAAAACUACUCAAGGCAUUUGAUGCUGUUAAAAUAGGUCUUAACGCACCAUAG